UUUUAAAGAGCCUAAAACAUUUACCUACACUUCCGUUUGUCUAGGCUUUUCUAUUUUAGUUGUCUCGUCAACUUCCAAGUCACCCCUCUUGCAGACGCUGUCAGAUAGUUUUUUGUCUUGCUGUGCUUAGGCUAAAAACCUUAACCUUACUAGGCUUUAGGCGGCCCCCACGGGGGUGCGCCACAAACUACUAGAAAAUGACGGCCCUCGCUAAUGCCAUUAAGCGGAAGACGCAUAAGGAGCGCUCACAACCGGCGGCGCGCCAGAAGUUUGGCUUGCUCGAAAAGCACAAGGACUAUGUGGAGCGUGCGAAGAACUUCCACAAGAAGGAGAAGGUCCUCAAGACCCUGAAGCGCAAGGCGGAGGAGCGCAACCCAGAUGAGUUCUACUUUGCCAUGGAGAAGGCGCGGACCAAGGAGGGGGUGCACGAUGGCAGGCUCACCCAGGCCAACAAGUACACCCAGCAGGAGCUCCGACUCAUGAAGACGCAGGACGUCAAGUACCUGUCCAUGAAGGCGACACAGGACGCCAACAAGGCGGCUCGGCUGCGGGAGUCCCUGCACUUCAUUGGAGCGACAACAGCAGCACCGGCAGCAGCCGCGCCAACAGCCGGCAGCCGCAAGAAGGGGGGUGCAGCACCUGCCGCAGCAGCAGCACCUGCUGCGCCGCGUCACACGGUGUUUGUGGACAGCGCUGUUGAGGCUGCUUCCUUCGACCCGACAGAGUACUUUGACACGCCGGCGGAGCUGCUGGACCGGACCUUCAACCGGCCGCGGUCGGCGCAGCUGGCAGACCGGAAGGCGGUGCUGGGAGCGGCGGCUGGCAAGGGAGUGGAGAAGCGCAAGUACGCCUCCUAUAAGGAGCUGGCUCAGCGUCAGGAGCGGCGGCAGAAGGUGGCUGCGGUGGCCGACCACCUGGCCUACCAGAAGCUGGUGAUGGGCAAGGGGCGCAAGCGGAAGCUGGGCGCCAAGGAGCUGCGGGAGGCAGGACUGGAGCCGGAGGCAGCGGGCAAGGUGUUUGUGUGGAAGCGUGAGCGGAAACGAUGAGGAGCCAGGAGUACAGGAGGUGGAGAGAGGAAGGUGGUGGGGGAGGAUGAGGGUUGUUUAGGGGUGGAGGGCUGCUGGGUUGGGAGGAGGUUAGGGGGUUUGCCAGAGGUUGUACACUUGUGUGCUCGGUGCCGGUAUGGGCCUCUGUGGGGGUGCAUGAGCAGCAUGACGACGUGACGACAUGUGGCUGGACCCGUGUUUCCUUGUGAGGUUGGGUUCUAUUAGCUUGAAUCGCUGCAGUGUUGGCUGUGUGUACAUUUAUACGUGGAGAAAACCAGCAGUGUAUGCUUCGAACCGCUCAUCCGUCUGUCAUCGGGAGUGAACCGGCAUAGUUAGUCCCAGUAGGCAGCCUGCCCGCAUGCGCUUCUUGACCCCGGACAUCAUUUAACCGACUUCAGAGAUGGGAGACGCAGCAUUGGCUUUCAACAAACGUAUGUGGUUACACGUAAUGCGCGUAUAUACGCAUCCACCUACCUAGUAUUUGAUGCACCUGAGUGCCAGCACGCAAGCCACUCCAAAAGGCUUCAGCGAACCGUCAAC